UACCAGGGGGCGCCCGCACUCAGCUCCCUAAGAAGUGUGCGGGUACCUAGGUUGAGGUCCUCUCCACAAGAGUGUCCGAUUUUCCUGGAUUGGGUCGGGGCUCGCUGCUUCUCAGGAGGGAGACAGUCACACCGAGCUGAAGACUUCUGGAAUUGCUGAUUUUGUUCUCCCCCAAAGCCGGGCGGAUAUAGAGUAGAUCAGAAAGGAGCCCGGAAACUCAGAGCUAUCAGUCUCCAGCGCAGAGGCCAAGCCCGGGCGGUGGCGCCUAGAAAACAGAUGUGAAGAACGCGCAGGGAUGGCCGGGCGUGCGCCCGCCCGUCGUGACCCGGAGGGCCGGGCGGUCAGGUGCACGGAGGCGGGGUUCCUGGCUGACCGCAGGGCCCGGGCGCGCCGGCUGGCGGGGCAUUUAAACCCCAGCUGACGCCAAGCCCGGCACGCGCUGGCUCUGCGCCCUCCUCCGUGGUGUCGGCUUCGGGUACCGGCCUGGCAAGAUGCGAUCCUCCCUGGCCCCGGGUGUGUGGUUCCUCCGCGCCUUCUCCAGGGACAGCUGGUUCCGAGGCUACACCCUGCUGCUCACCUUCCUCAUUUAUACCUGCUAUCACAUGUCCAGGAAGCCCAUCAGCAUUGUCAAGAGUCGUCUGCACCAGAACUGCUCAGAGCUGAUCACACCUGGUAACGACACACAUGGUAUCAAUGACACCACGUGGUGUAGCUGGACUCCAUUUGACAAAGAUGACUACAAGGAGUUACUGGGGGCUGUGGACAAUGCCUUUCUUGUGGCCUAUGCCAUCGGCAUGUUUAUCAGUGGAAUUUUUGGGGAGCGGCUCCCCCUCCGUUACUAUCUUUCAACUGGAAUGGUGCUCAGUGGCCUCUUCACCUCCCUCUUUGGCCUGGGGUAUUUCUGGAGUAUCCACAUGCUCUGGUACUUCGUGCUAAUCCAGAUCUGCAAUGGACUUGUCCAGACCACAGGCUGGCCCUCCGUGGUGGCCUGUGUCGGCAACUGGUUCGGGAAGGGGAAGCGAGGGUUCAUCAUGGGCAUCUGGAAUUCCCAUACAUCUGUGGGCAACAUCCUGGGGUCACUGAUCGCUGGCAUCUGGGUGAAUCAGCAGUGGGGCCUGUCAUUUAUUGUGCCUGGCAUCAUCACUGCUGCCAUGGGUAUCAUCACCUUUCUCUUCCUCAUCGAAUAUCCAGAAGAUGUGGACUGCACCCCUCCACAGCACCAUGAUGACCAAGAAAAAGAUCAGGACAGCCCUGAAGAUCCUGGAAAUGGUCCUUACACGAACAGAGAGAGCAACAUGGAGACCACAGCCAGCUGCUCCAAGGAGCAGGGCCCCGAGCCUGAAGCCAUCAGCUUUCUGGGAGCACUCAAGAUCCCGGGUGUGAUUGAGUUCUCUUUGUGUCUGCUCUUUGCCAAGCUGGUCAGCUAUACCUUCCUUUACUGGCUGCCCCUCUACAUCUUCAAUGUGGCUCACUUUGGUGCCAAGGAGGCUGGGGACCUAUCCACACUCUUUGAUGUUGGUGGCAUUAUAGGUGGCAUCAUGGCAGGGCUCAUCUCUGACUACACCAAUGGCAGGGCCACCACUUGCUGCAUUAUGCUGAUCUUGGCUGCCCCCAUGAUGUUCCUGUACAAUUACAUUGGCCAGAAUGGAAUUACCAGCUCCAUAGUGAUGCUGAUUAUCUGUGGUGUCCUGGUCAAUGGCCCUUAUGCACUCAUCACCACAGCGGUCUCUGCUGACCUGGGCACCCACAAGAGUCUGAAGGGCAAUGCCAAGGCCCUGUCUACUGUCACAGCCAUCAUUGACGGCACUGGCUCCAUAGGUGCUGCUCUGGGGCCCCUGCUGGCUGGACUCAUUUCCCCUACAGGCUGGAACAAUGUCUUCUACAUGCUCAUCUCUGCCGACAUCCUGGCCUGCUUGCUCCUCUGCCGAUUGGUAUACAAAGAGAUCCUGGCUUGGAAGGUGUCUCGGAGCAGAAGCAGUGGGUAUAGGGAAAUAUGAGGACUUGGUUGGAAGCAAAGCAUGGAGGGUCCCAGCUGUGUACCCAAAGCACACUCCAUGAACGAGAAGAUGCAAAUUUCCAUUUCAAGGUGAGGUAAAGCCUCCUGAUCUAACAUCAACCAGCUCAGCCCAGUCCAGCCCAAACCAUAUUACUGCUAAGGAUACAGAAGACUCCAUGGAAAGGGAUCACCAGACACCAAGCAUGGGAAAUGGAAGUCUCCAGGGCUGAGCUCUGGAUUCUACAAGCAGAAGGGCUGGGGAUGAGAGCAAAAAGGAAGAGCAUGCUUAGACUCUUGCUUGCUUGUUCAGAUUCCAAGAAAGGGCCAAGCCCAGGAAAGGUGUCUUUUUUUCUCAUGGUAUGUCUUGACUUCUGUCACCGAGCAGCCUGUACCUGCGGGAGGAUCUUGUCCUGUUUCAAAGGUGCUGGGCUUCUCUGUCCCUUUGGCCAUAAACUAGUCUUCUUUAUGUAUUUUCCCAAGUUGUACCUUCAUCUACCUUUGAUUUGAUCCUAUUGGUGACUUACUUGGCCACUUUGAAGUAUUAUUGGUGCUCUCACACAGCCAAGGCUAGGGUGGGGCAAGGGAACUGCCUCAGGUACAGAAUGUAGGGGAGGCGCUCACUCUUUGAUUUCUGAGCUUACCUACCCCCAAAGUUGAGCCCUUGCCUCACCCUGAUCUUCAGCCCCGAUGAUACAUCAGUGGACAAUGACACUGAGGUCAGUGUUGGGGAAUUGGAGGGAUUGAGCGCUAACUGAAAACAACAGUGCAUGUGUGUUAAACAUUUCGAGAAGGGAAUGACAGUAGUCACUGGGUAUCCACUGCAUGCCAGCUCUGCUGUAGGAAUAAAGAAGACAGAGGAUGCAGGAAAGAACUUACCCCUGAACACAGGUACCAGGUGCCGUGACUGGUUCAUUUUAGAGCCUCUGUCUGUAACCCCCUUCCACCCCAAGUCCUGGAUUGCCACAUGUCAAGCUGACUCCUGGCAUUUCUACCUGACUUCUACCAAUACAGAUUGCCUUUGCCAA